CUAUUCCCCUUUGCCUUCCCAUUUCUUCGUCUUCCCCUCUUCACCCCCAAAACCCGCAUCGCGAACCGACGAUCCCACCACACGAGCAGAGCGGAGCAACCAUGGCGGCGCCUCCGCCGCACCCGUUCGUGUACAUCGACGCGGCGGCGCUCCACUCGCUUCUCCCGUUCCCGUCCCUGAUCCCGCACCUCCGCGCGGGCCUCGCCCACCCCGAGCUCUCCGCCGGCAUCCAGUGCCCGCAGCGCGUCUCGUUCCCGGUCCCCACCGCGCCGUCCGCCGCGCUCCUCCUCAUGCCCUCCUGGUGCGCGCACCCCUCGCUCCCGUACCUCGCGCUCAAGGCCGUCACCUCCUUCCCCUCCAACUCCCCGCGCCUCCCCUCCGUGCACGCCGCCGUCUCCCUCUUCAGCUCCGCCACGGGGGCCCCGCUCGCCUCCAUCGAGGGCUCCGCGCUCACGCUCCUCCGCACCGCCGCCGUCUCCGCGCUCGCCGCCUCCCUCCUCGCCUCCCCGUCCCGCCCGCCCUCGGUCCUCGCACUCGCGGGCGCCGGCGCGCUCGCACCCUACCUCGCGGAGGCCCACAUCUCCGCCCUCCCGUCCAUCUCCCGCGUCCUCGUCUGGAACCGCACCAGGUCCAAGUCCGCGGCGCUCGUCGCCAGGCUCCGGGACGCGCACCCGGGGCUCGCCGUCGAGGAGGCGGGCGGCAUGGACGAGGCGGUGGCCGCGGCGGACAUCGUGAGCUGCGCGACGGGGUCGCGGGAGCCGAUCGUGCGCGGGGAGCUGCUGCGCCCCGGCGCGCACCUGGACCUGGUGGGGUCGUUCACGCCGGAGAUGCGGGAGUGCGACGACGAGGCGCUGCGCCGGGGGAGGGUGUUCAUCGACUUCGAGGCCGCCAUGGAGGAGGCCGGGGAGCUGGUGGGCGCGGUCCAGCGCGGCGUGUUGCGGAGGAGCGAUGUGGCCGGGACUCUCGCGGAGCUGGCCGCCGGGACCGUCGACGGGAGGCGUAGCGACGACGAGAUCACCGUGUUCAAGUCCGUCGGCACCGCCGUGGUCGAUCUCUUGGCCGCGCAGCUGGCCUACGAGACUCACAUUGCUACAACCAAGAACGCUUGAGUUCGAGCUGUAUUGAGAUGAUGGGAUGCUUGCCUGCUUGUAUCCGAAGAGUCAUGGAGAUAGUGUACAAAUAAACUGAUCAGAUGAAUGCUUAUGCAUUUUGAUCAACUGAUCAUCAUCGUGACACUUGCCGCAUUCACUUAGUAAUGGGUAUCAAUAAGAAUGCAUCCUACCUCAGUGUGUUUCUUUAUGCUCAA